ACUUGUUAAAUCAUCCUGGAAUAUCACUUUCAUAUCUGGCUUAUCUAGAGUUGCUGUGUCAUGAGCUGAAGAUUUGUUGAAAAGGCAGCAUCACGCUUGAUUCAUAAUGUUUAUCUUCAUAUUAGCUUCAUAACAGUGCAAGUGUUUUAUUCAGGCAAAAGACAGCCAGAGCAUGACAAACGGAAAGUGAGAACAGAUCCAGGCUUCCAGUGACGACAGCCUCAUUACGCGUUUAUAAGAGCGCCUGUCUGAUCUCACCAGCAUCUAGUUUGAGAAGGUCCAGCCAGACAACACUUCGGAAGUGAACAGAUAGUGACUCUGUAUCUACAAUCUGCAGCUGCCACUUAACAUGAAAGUGUCCCAAUGGAACUAAAUUCAUCAAACAUCUGCAACGACACGGUUGCCUGGAUAUGGCUGUCAUCUUUCCAGCCUCCAUUUCUGGCUCUUAUCAGUAUCCUAGGAGUGCUGGGCAACAGUCUGGUCCUCUGCGUGUUCUGCCUCCAGCGGAAGCCGUGCAGCGUAGCUGAUGUGUAUCUGGGCAACCUGGCAGCUGCAGACCUCAUUAUGGUCCUGUGUUUGCCCUUCUGGACGGUCACCAUCGCCCAAGGCUAUCAAUGGAAUUUCAGUCAGCUGCUCUGCAAGGUAAUCUGCACCGCCAUCUCAAUGAACUACUACUGCAGCAUACUCUUCCUAGUGCUGGUCAGCGUGGACCGCUACCUCGCCUUGGCCAAACCCAUGAACCCCAGUAGGCUGAGAUGCCCCAAAUGGGCCAAGCGUAUAUGUGUUGUGAUUUGGAUGGUGGGGUUUGUGCUCAGCCUCCCAAAUCUGCUCUUCCGAAGAGUACGUUUCAUUUCAUUCAUAGAGGUGGAUGCCUGUUACCUAGAAUACCCUCAUCCAGCCUGGCUUCUCCAACGGAACAUCACGACAAACUUCAUUGGAUUCCUGCUUCCGCUGACAAUCAUUUCUCUUUGCACUUUUCACGUGGUCAGAGCACUUAAAAACCGCGGCUUGAUGAUUCAACCAAAAGUUCAAACGGAGAGGAAAGCCGCUAAGCUGGUUCUGACGGUCCUCGCCGUGUUUCUCCUCUGCUGGACGCCCUUUCAGCUAGUGCGGUUCCUAGAAACUCUUGACUACUUUAAGCUCGUUCUUGGGUGUCUCUGGGAGGAUAUAUUGCAAAUAGGCAAUGAGCUGGCUACUUAUUUAGGGUAUAGCAAUAGUGCAAUAAACCCUUUUUUGUAUGUUAUCGUAGGGAGCCACUUCAGGAAGAGAGCUCAAGGAGUUUUUCAAGGUAUUUUGUGUUCUAGACGCAAGAGCAACUCCUCUGUGCACUUAAAUGUUACUGUUAUUAGCAAGUGCGGUGACAGUCCUAAAGAUAACAGAAUAACACCGCUGCCACUGAGAGCUGUAUAUCCACCCAUCAAACCUCAUAUGAUGUGUAGAUCGUUAUGAAGAGACGAAGAAGCUCAGCUGAUAGAGGUCAAGGGCAUUAUUUUGAUGGUCCCCCAACAGACAUUUCACUGACUAUAAGUAGCUUUGCAAAUACAGUAGGCCAACUUAUUCUACUAACCCUAACCAUAACCUAACAAUGAGAGUUAGUUGUAGUUUCAAAGUUAUGGUCUUCAGAAUGGGGACCAUUAAAAUAAAGUGUAACCAUGUGAUUCCCAGGAGAAAAAAAAAUACCUCUUAAUUAUUUGAUUGUGCAAUCUUAUUUUUCUUUCCUUGCAUAUUUUCAAGGAAAAAUAUGCAUAUUUUUGCUGAAGUGUGGAAAUAAUGAGAUGCGAGAACCAUGGAACUGGUGGAACAGUUUCGCUCACUCAAGUGUCAUGUCAGUGAUUGCUGAUGAACUUGCACUAAAUUAUUUUGAAAAGACUUUUGUAAAUGGUUUCUGAACAUAUGUGGCCUUGUUUAAAUAUGUAUGUUUGGUUUUAAUGCAAUUAGUGAAUCUUAUUGUUAAUCUUUUACUGUUCCUUACAACAUUUAAUUUCAACUUAAGCAAAUUUAAUAACCACAAACCUUUAUUUAUUGUUUUUUUGUUUGUUUGUUUUUUAAACGAAACCAGAGAGUAUAUCCAAAUUAUUCAAAACCAAAGGCUGUGAGCCUGUGCUUUGUUUUUUCUGUUAUUUUAUAUAUUUUUUAUAUUACACUUGGUGUUUUUCUUUAUGAACAUGUAUAUGUAUUUAAUUUAUAAUACUGUACCUAUGUGUUUGUCUUAUAAUAUCUAUGUAACUUUGUGUAUAAAAUCAUUACUUUGUACUGCUGUAAUAUCUCACUGUGCUGUUGAUGUAGCUAGUUAAACAUUUUGAAUAAAUUUUUCUCUCUCCAGUUUUCUCUGAAAGCUUUCUCUCUCCUCAUUCCUCGCCUCACAGUGGGUUUAGUAAAUUGACAUGUCCUUCAUGAUUUCUUUUGCUUAUGGUCAUCUCAUAAAUUCAUAAUCUGUGUAUUUUCAACAAAGGGUGCAGAAAACCUGAGAAGCAGUUAAUUAGAUGUCAUAAAGCAGACCUUGUAUUGGUGUGUUGUAUGAGUAUAAAAAUCCUCAGUAAAUAUGACCAUAUUUAAAAAUAUAAAAUAC